AUGCUGUCUCUUUUAAUAACUGGUCCAAGGCAACCUGGACACGACAUUGAUGUUUUCCUUGAGCCCCUUGUUGAUGAUUUGAGAAAGAUGUGGGACGAAGGAGUUUUUGUUUAUGAUGCCCAUAAGAACGAGAUGUUCCUAAUGCGUGCAGCCCUGAUGUGGACCAUUAAUGAUUUUCCCGCAUAUGGCAACCUGUCCACGUAUAAGAACAAAGGGCAUAAAGCAUGUCCUGUUUGUAUCGAUGACACACCAAACGUGUACCUUGAACACUACGGCAAAGAUGUGUACAUGAGGACCCGACGAUUGCUUCGGCGCGAUCACCCAUAUCGUAGGCAGAAAAAGGCCUUCAAUGGGAAAGUUGAAGAAGGGGUUGCGCCUAGGCCAUUGAGUGGGCAUGAGGUGUAUGGUCGAGUGAAGGGUAUACCAACUGUUUUUGAGAAGAAUGUUUGUGAUGCAGUUGUUGGGACAAUAAUGGGUAUUCAUGGCAAGACAAAGGAUGGGAAGAGCGCCCGAUUAGAUUUGGAAGCGUGGGGUGUUCGUCCGGAAUUGUGGGUGCAGCCAAAGGAAGGGAAGGCAAUGGUAAUGGAAAAGGUAAGGGAAGAUGGUGGCAAUAAACGUAAGGGGGAGCGUAAAGGAAAGGGCAUCGGUGUAUCAAAGAAGAAAGAUGAAAAGGUCAAAGUGCUCGAUCCUUUUACACUUGAUGCUCUCCAGGCGAAUGUAGUUGUAACAUUGUGCAAAUUUGAGAUGUAUUUUCCACCAUCAUUUUUUGACAUCAUGGUGCAUUUGGUCCUUCAUUUGGUUCGUGAGAUCAAGAUGUGCGGUCCAGUCUUUAUGAGGUGGUGCUAUCCUUUUGAAAGACACAUGGGCACAUUACAACAUAAAGUCAGGAAUCCAGCCCAUCCAGAAGGUAGUAUGAUUCAAGGGAUUGUUGCGGAGGAGAUUGGUAAUUUCGUGGCGGAGUAUGUUGCCGUUGCCGAACCAAUUGGGCUUCCCACUUCCCGACAUGAAGGGAGACUUGAUGGUCAUGGCACACUCGGGUCGAAACAGAUCUCACCUACUCAUGAUCAGUUCUUGCAAGCUCACUUAUUUGUGCUUCAUCAUGUUGCGGAGGUUCACCCAUAUUUAGAAGAGCACAUGGAUAGUUUGCGUGCGGAAUUUCCAUCAAAAGGGGAAAGGGCACUAAUGCAGUUGCAUAAUAAGAUGUUUGUGACAUGGUUCCAUGAUCGAGUCAUGCGUCAAUUGGAUGAGAGUGUCUCUGAUACUAUAAAGUGGCUAGCUUAUGGUCCAAAGGAAGAUGUUUAUUCUUUUGAGGGAUAUGACAUUAAUGGGUAUACAUUCUGGACUGAGCAUCGUGAUCAGAAAUCCUCAUCGACUCGAAAUAGUGGUGUCACGCUUGUGGCUUCAUCAACAGAGUUUGCCAGUGCGAAGGAUACAUCACCGGUUGACGCACAAUUAUCCUACUACGGACGAAUUCAGGAAAUAUGGGAACUAGAUUAUCGUGAGUUCAAGGUAGGUCUAUUUAAAUGUAAAUGGGUCGAUAAUAUUAGGCGCAACAUCAGACACGAUGACUUCACUCUUGUAGACCUUGGCCACCUGCGGGAUAGUUUGGAACCAUUCAUCCUUGCAUCUCAAGCUAAGCAAGUGUUCUAUGUCACCGACCCAGCCGAUCCUAAAUGGUCCAUCGUCCUUGCUAGCAAGAGAAGAAUCUUAGGGGUUGGAGAUGUCGAAGACGAGGACGAAUAUGAUGCGUUUGAUGAUUCGCCCCCUUUCACUGCCCCUAGAGUUGACGAGCAAGAUUUGGGCGAACCAGAAGACCAAGCUCAUGAUGAGUUGCAGCGCAGGUUUGACGCUUAUGAGAUGUCAGCUGAAUGUGCCCCCCCUAUUGUGGAUGAUAUUGUCUCCGAGUUUGUACAAGAUUCAAACGGCCAAAUGGAGAAGCAACGUCAACUGAAAACCAGCAGUACACAAAAGGCAUCGGGAAAGAGAAAGGUUAGGGGUCCAACAAAAGCAUUUAAGAAGCCCGGGGAAUAG